UCAUAUUUUCCAGAUUCAAUCUCUGGAGAAGACUCGCCACAAACUCAUGGGAGAUCUCGAUGAUGCCCAAGUAGAUGUGGAACGCGCUGCUGCUUAUGCUGCUGCUUUGGAGAAGAAGCAGAAAGGAUUUGACAAGAUUAUUGAUGAUUGGCGCAGAAAGUGUGACGAUAUGGCCGCAGAACUCGAUGCCAGCCAGCGGGAUGCACGCAAUCUUGCAACAGAUUUGUUCAAGGCAAAGACGAUUCAAGAUGAAUUGGCUGAAACAUUGGAAGGGACCAGGCGUGAAAACAAAGCACUCGCCCAGGAAAUCAAGGAUUUGACUGACCAAUUAGGCGAAGGUGGUCGUUCCGUGCAUGAAUUGCAGAAGAUUGUUCGCCGCCUAGAGGUUGAGAAGGAGGAGAUUCAACACGCAUUGGACGAAGCAGAAGCUGCAUUAGAGGCAGAAGAAAGCAAAGUGUUGCGAGCUCAAGUUGAGGUGUCACAAAUUCGUUCUGAAAUCGAGAAGCGCAUCCAGGAGAAAGAGGAAGAAUUCGAAAAUACUCGCAAGAAUCAUCAACGUGCACUUGAAAGCAUGCAAGCUACACUUGAAGCUGAGAGCCGUGGUAAACAAGAAGCUUUGCGUAUAAAGAAGAAGCUCGAAUCUGAUAUCAACGAGUUGGAAAUUGCUCUCGACCACGCAAAUAAGGCUUAUGCUGACGCACAGAAAACCAUCAAGAAGCAUCAAGACCAAAUUCGUGAAUUACAACUCCAAGUUGAAGAUGAGCAGCGCCAGAGAGAUGAAUUGCGUGAACAGCUUUUCAAUAGCGAGAAGCGUAACCAAAUUCUCCAAAGUGAGAAGGAUGAGCUCAUGCACCAAGCAGAACAGGCUGAGCGCGCUCGUCGCCAAGCUGAGGCCGAUUUGAUUGAACUUCGUGAAGCCGUUAACGACCUUUCCAACCAAGUUAACAGUUUGAAUGGCUACAAACGCAAAUUGGAGGGUGAACUUCAAGCAUUACAUGCGGAAUUGGAUGAGACACUUACCGAACUUAAAAACGCUGAUGAACUUUCCAAGAAAGCAUCUGCUGAUGCUGCCAGACUUGCUGAGGAAUUGCGACAGGAACAAGAACACUCACAACAUGUUGACCGAUUGCGUAAGGGACUUGAACUCCAAAUCAAGGAGAUGCAAGUUCGUCUUGAUGAAGCAGAAGCAGCCGCACUUAAAGGCGGUAAGAAGAUAAUUGCCAAAUUGGAAGAACGCAUCCGUGCACUUGAACAAGAAUUAGAUGGAGAACAACGACGUCACCAAGAAACCGACAAGAACUAUAGGAAAGCAGAACGUCGUGUAAAGGAACUCGACUUCCAAGUUGAGGAAGACAAGAAAAAUAGUGAACGAUUGACCGACCUUAUUGACAAACUCCAAGGAAAACUCAAAGUUUACAAACGACAAGUAGAAGAAGCGGAGGAAGUAGCUGCAACAAAUCUUGGCAAAUACCGCCAAUUACAAGCACAAAUGGAUGAAGCAGAAGAGAGAGCAGAUUUGGCAGAAAACUCGUUGAGCAAGCUUCGUGCAAAAAACCGUUCCUCCGCAUCAAUUGCUCCAGCAUCUGUUGGUUUGGCCACAUCAGCGAGUGCUGCUGUUCUUCGUUCUACUUCAUUUGCACGAAAUAGCUUUGCCGAUUAUUAA